AUGCCAUUGAUGGCGUGGUCGGACAAAGACCGAGGCAUCUUGGGCACGGCCCUUCAAAUGCACGUGGACUGGCACGUUAUCCACUGGACGAAGACUGCGGGGACGGUGCCUGGUGCAGUUUGCGAGACAGACACGUUGACCGACGGCAACGUUAUAAGCGGGUCUUUUUCAAUCGAAGGAAUUCCACCAAUUCCAUUUGAUGCCGAUGCCCAAGUAGUUCAAAAUGCGCUUGAGGCUGUGGCUUGGAUUGGUACAGUGCAAGUGAGGCGAUCACCAGCAUCUCCACAGCGGGGGUUCACUUGGACCAUUACAUUUGUCGACUACCGUGGUGAUGCACCUCUUCUACUUGUCACCAAUUUAUUGUCAGGUACUAGUAACCACGUUAUGGUUCGAGAAAUAAUUAAAGGAAGUACAAUAGGUGGCACUUUUUCUCUCUCGUAUCAAAACAAAGUGACGACUGCAAUUAAUUGUGAUGCCCUCGCAAUGGCUGCAAUUCUGCCAGACGGUUCGUCGGUGCAGGAAAAGCUCCAAGCUAUAGAUGGCGUAGGUCAGGUUGAUGUGGAGCGCUCUGGACCCACUUCGGAAGGUGGAUACACGUGGUUAGUCACUUUUCUCGAUGACGUUCUGAAUUCUGGCGAUUUACCGCUUUUGCAGUCGAAUUCAAGUGCAUUGACAGGCGAAAAUGCUUUGGUUUUCACUCGUGAGGUCACAAAAGGUUCGAAAGCUUUGGGGAACCAGUUGUGGCUUUCCUUUGAUCCACCCUUAACUGAUUAUGGUAGUGCCAUUACAAAGUAUCAAGUGCGGUGGGAUACAUCCGACCAGUUUCUUACAGACCCUACAGAAAUCGUUAUUUUAGACCCUGAGACGAUAUAUCGCUCACAGCGCAUCACAGUGAGCGCCCCCAGCUUUGCAUGGUCUAACAAUAGGAUCCAAAGUACAGUUCAUGAGGUGCAAAAGGUGACAAUUCUUUCGAUGGGUACAUUUACGCUGUCAUUUCGCGGACUUACUUCUGAUCCGCUAACGACUGUCGCGGCCGGCGCUGGUGGAGCCACUACUGUUGCGAUUUUUAAGACGACACUGGAAGCUCUUGACAGUAUUGGGACUGUUGUCGUGUCUUCUGUCAGAAGCAUGUUGGAAGUGGGGGCCGAAGUACUCAUCACUUUCACAACGCAACCUGGAGAUCUUCCGUUACUAAAGUCGACUCCGCCAUCAGUAGCAUCAGUGGUAGAAACCCAGACUGGCAUUACUAAUUUUCGCAAAGAAGUGAUCAUAUUCUCCUGUACUGCGAGUGUAGGAACAGUACGCUUCAGCUCUAACGGAAAGCAUGCAGAUGUUGGGUUUAAUGCGGCAUUGGGUGAUGUCGAGACAUAUUUGUUAUCCCUUUUUGAUGUCGAAGCUGGAAAUAUCAGGGUGUCAAGUGUAACGCAGACGGUGUUGUGUAAGUCUGCAACACCGAGUGAUAUCAAGAUUGUGUUUGAUCAAGUUUAUACAAAUGCUGCUCUGACCAUAACUAGAGGAAUUGACAAUGGAGCUGAUGCUGUGGUCGUGGUAAAUACGGAUGCCUCAAUUAACGGUAUCUACAAUCAUGAUCCCACUCUCAGCAUGAGUGGGACCUUUCAAAUCGGAUAUCAAGAUUCUUACACUCGACCACUAAAUGCCGUGUCUAGCGCAGAUCAAGUACGGUAUGCUUUGGAAGUUCUCGGGACGAUUAAUACUGUUGGUGUUACGCGCGAAUUAUCGUAUCAACCAUUGCCUGGUAAAGUUGACGUGACGCAUGGUGAAUUUUAUGUGACCUGCAGCGCAGGUGAGACGUGUCAGUUCUAUUCAGCUGCAUAUGGACUACCAGGGUAUAUGAUUCGUAUAGGAGGAAACUGGUAUACUAUUCAGGUAGACACGAGCUCACCAGGACUGCACAAGACACGGUUGUAUCUCGGAGACGCUCAGGGGCGAACAAUUGGAUAUCUUGGAUCAACAGACACUGCGGUUACCGUAUAUGAGUGGACAAAAGGAUACGUUUGGACUGUAGAUAUGCUGAGUGUCGUGUCCCCUUUGGAUUAUAUGUACGCAAAGGUACCAAAGCUACAUCCUUCUGAUGCUUCUGUGCAAGUCACUGGAAAACGCUGCGACAAAUGCUACUAUCUUCCUACGCAGACGUCCAAGAAGCUUAUCAGCGGGCAACCGUACUAUAUUGAAGUUUAUGCGUACAACAGCAAUGGCAAAGGCCGCGCACCGGCGAGUCCAACUAUGGCAACACCUAAUCGAGUCCCUGACGCUCCUUCAAAUGUCGAUCUAGUUGUGACGUCAGGGCAGCAAAUUGAAGUUUUCUUCUCUCCUCCGCGUUUAGUUUCGACUAGUAUGAGUUCAAAGUUUAACGAAGAUAUAUCAUCAUACAUCGUUCAAUGGGAUCUCGAUGGCACGUUCAAGCACGGAUUACCAGUCUGUACUGGAUGUGCAAAAGCAUUGAACGGUGUUCUUCUGACUGUCACUAUUUUGCUAGGUAAUAUACUUGAUUCUAGUUCCAAGAUCUCAAUUUUGGAACUAGGCUGUGUUUUAGAGGUAGCAAAUGUCAUGAGCUCGACGGUCGUCCAAGUGAUCGGAGGACAUCGCUGUGAAAAUUUCCACUCACGCUCAUACUCCCUUUCGCACUACCAGUUUCCACCGGCGAUUGUCUCUGGUGCUCUCAUUCAGACAUCACCGCCGUAUCGAUAUUUAAUCUCAAAUCUCGCUAUCGGCGUCAAGUACUUUGUGCGCGUCGCAGCUGUGAAUUCCGUUCCAAUUCAAAAGAUUGCACUAAGUGGCGUUCCUCAUAACAAUCGUCUAUGGAGUUUGCCACUGUGUGUUGUAACAAAAGACCGUGCACCAGAUGCGCCAGUUUCUGUUGUAUUGUAUCCAUUCUCUGGUACAAUUCUCCAGUUGCACAUCCAGCCUUCACAACGCGAUGGAAAAGGAUCGGGUGGCUCUGCAAUAACGUCGUUCUGGAUUGAUAUUGACACUGUGUCGACAUUUGAUUCCGCUGCAAAGAAUGAUCCGAUUGAGAUUCUUACGACCAGUGGUUUGAUUCCCGAGCUUUACGUUAACGGACCGCGUGUCUACUCACUUACGGACCUUACGACAGGGACGCGAUACUUUGCGCAGGUCAAAGCCAAAAACUCGAUCGGCUACAGUCGAGCUACCUUCGCGCCGGUUCCUGUUGCUCCAAAACGCCAUCCCGAUGCACCGGUGAAUACUCAGGUAACAACGCUCAUUACAUCUUCAAGUCUGAUUGAUUCAGCGACGGUAAUUUGGCACAAGCCACCUCUCAAUGGCGGUCUUGGACUAACGAAUUACAAAAUUGAAUGGUGGCGUGCAUUAGCAAGACCAGAGGUUCAAGUGGUGGAGCUUACAUGGGUCAUGCGACCCACAGCUGCAUCCUUUGCGCUCUCGUUUCGUGGAGGAAAAUCCGAGUUUUUGGAUAGUGACGUGACUGCAGAGAAUUUUCGAAGCGCACUUAUGAACCUCGCCUCUGGUGCGUUGUUACCGAUAUCUUACGUAGACGUUUCGCGCAAUACUAUCAAUAAUAAUCUCGGAUAUCACUGGAUCGUUACGUUUGCAAACACUGACGUGAAUGGUGGAGAUCAGCCUAUGCUUCAGUUGGAGAUUGGCAAUGUCGUGGGUGGCGCCGGCGUGACAGGGCGAGUAUUUGAACUAACGUCUGGAAUUACUGUCCCAUCUGUAACAACGUUCCCGGGAAAGGCCGAGGUACAAGUAUUAGUGACAUACCACCCCACAGCAACUGUAGAAGGGUACUUCCGACUUGGAUAUAAGGGUUCAGCAUGGACGGCAUUUUUGCCAGCGCGUAGUAGCGCCAUGAAUGUGAAGAUUGCGCUUGAGGGAUUAAGUACAGUUGGCGUAGUGAGUGUACGUCUCGAGUCCAUGGAAGCGGCAGGUCAGGCAUUCACGCUUGGCCAAGUGUGGACAAUUACCUACCUAUCGAUCGUGGGAAAUUUGCCUCCAUUAGUUGUAGAAUCUUCGAAAGUUACACCAGCUGACGCAUUUAUUGGAGUCAAAGACGGCGACAAUGCAGUGGAUAGUAGCGGAAUGCUCUGUUUACCGGGUAGCAACAUUGUGUCGUGUCCUGGAUCGUGGCCUCCCGCUCUUGGAGCCCUGAAACAGCAAGUUUCACCCUUUCGCUCUAUUGUCGAACUCGCAUCCUCUGGUGAAAUAGCAGUAGACUACGCUUUCUACGAGACGUCGAGCGCCGCUACUUUAACGUACACAAUACCAAACCUGAUACCCGGUCAAGCAUAUCACAUCGCUGUGACUGCUAAGAACGCGCUUGGACUAGGAAUGCGAUCCCAAGUUUCUUUUUCGCCUGUAACCCCCCCUCUUCAGUUGCCAGGUCCACCGACAAACAUUUCUGUCGAGGUUAAUCCAGGCGUCGCGACGCAACUCCUUGUGACGUGGGCGCCACCAAUCAGCGAUGGAGGUAACGCGGUGCGUAUGUACCGAAUUGAGUAUGAUCCGUCUCCAAUGUUUAUCAAUAGAGGUCAGCAGGAUGUUUGGUGUCCGAAUGCACCAACGCACGCCGUCUGGCGAGUCCAAACUGUUCGCACGAGUCCAGCUGCUUCUACAUCGACAAUUGCUUCUGGCUACUUUCAUUUAGAGCUCACCCAUCUGAACACCAUCAGUAUCUCUGAGCCAAUUCCUUGGAAUGCAGCGGCCACAGCACGCGACGAAGUCGGAUCGAGCAUUGUUGCCAACUCAAGAGUUUUUUGUACCGUAAAAAGUCCAACAUGCCCCAGUAUGACUACUUUUCCAUUCGGGCGUCGACAACUGUCAGGCUCCAUGCAGUCGAAGCUCCAUUAUUUCAAUAGUAUUACAAACGGAGUCGAUGUCCAGCGAACAACACAAUCGGUAGAUGGAGGGUACACGUGGUCCAUCACAUUUUUAGAUCCUGGUGACAGUUUUGCGCUUGCUGCAACAAAUGUCAAGCUAACGUGUGCAGAUCCGACCUUGUGCUUGACUGCGACGUAUGAUGUGGUGGUCACGAAAGUACGAGCCGGCGUUAUGCCGUUAGAUUGUGUCGGUAGUCACAAUGUGCCAUCGAUUGGUGCGCUCAACAAAGGACAGCUUUACUAUGUUCGUAUAUCGGCUUACAAUGAAGUUGGCUUUGGAAAGCCUGGUUUUGCUUCAAACCCACAGAAACCUAUGGUUGUUCCUGGUCCUCCUACUACUGUGAUACUCGCAGUUUAUUCAUUGUCACAGCUUGUGCUUCUCUUCAGUCCACCAGACGACAAUGGCGGUGAUGCUAUCGCAGCGUACGAAAUUCAGUGGGCUGUCGAUAGCGCGUUUACAAUCAAAAAUACAUUAGUUGUGACGAUCGUGAAAGGUAUGAGUGCGCCGUAUCGUCGCGUUGUAUCUUCGUUGGUUAAAGGUACUCCUUAUUUCUUCCGUAUCCGAGCUCGAAAUUCGCUAGGGUACGGGCCAUUUCAGCAGUCUUCACCGACAAAAUUGCAGCCAUACGAGACUCCUAGUGCACCGACACAAGUGGCGUUGGGUGUCACUAGUGCUACGAUGCUAACUGUAUCCUGGGCGCCUCCGAGUGACGAUGGAGGUGAUACUAUCUCGGCUUACACAGUUCAGUGGGAUAUUACAGCUGGCUUUGACUCGCUUUCCUUGACAAUUGAUACGACGGUCACUAUAAAUGACCCAACACAGCGAUCGUACACUCUUACAGGACUCAGACCACAAAUGCUUUAUUACGUCCGGGUUUUUGCAAAAAAUCGUGGUGGUCAGGGAACCCCCCAGACUUCGACACCCUCCUCACUUGUGCCAGCGGUAACGUACCCAGGCAAACCCAAUACGCUUACUGUUGCACCUACUUCGGUCCCAGGCGAGCUACGUGUUAAGUGGUUAGCCCCCGUGAUUCCGUAUCAUGGUUACCCUUGUGCUGGCACACUCCAAACACCAGCAAGUUGUCCUGUCAUAGGUGCAAUUAAUAUGGCUUACGGUGGGGUAGACCUUGAGCAGUACCUUAUACAAUACUCAGAAAUGACCGAUUUCUCAACCCCAAUCGAGACCACAACGUCAUCCUCAGUCAGGGAGGUACUGCUUUCGGGACUAGUUUCGGGAAAAAUUUACUAUGUGCAAGUGCUGGCGCAGAAUUUUCUAGGCCGAGGUUACUUUUGCAAGCGAACAAAUACUCAAAGUCUGCUUUGUCCGGACCAUCAAGUCUUGCAAGACGGUACAGUCGUCACAGGAAGCUAUGUCUAUGCGGCACCGCUGUAA